CUCGGUCAACUUGUUAUCUGUACCAAUACUUCAUAAGUUCACUUCAAGGGUUUCGUGUUAAUAACAUUCUUACUCGAAUUUCGAAAUGGAAAUUUGAUUGUCAUGUAUAUGUUUAUUAGUGCAAAAUAAUCGUGACAAAAGUGUAGUUAUUCGUUUGUUGUUAUCCAAGAACAGGUUAUAUUAUUGUAUAAAGUGACCCAUGAAUGGCUUUUGUUUUUAUGUGACCAUGAAAGACUUCUGCUUAUGUACCCUCACGUAGUUCAUAUACAAAGUUGAACAGGAUGGAUGAACGCAGAGUGGCUGACUACUUUGUAGUAGCAGGAUUGCCCAAGAAACCUGAAAUUCUUGAUGAUUCUGACUCUGGACAUCUCAAAGGAUACACAUGCAAAGCACCUAUUACUGAUAUAAGUGUAAUAUUUCCCGGCCUAGGCGAAACACUGCCCAGCGGGUACGAGCUUGUUGACUUAACGCCCACAGGACUACCUGCGGACCUUAAUCAUGGCUCCAUGCGAUCUCCAGAAUGCUACUUGUGCUUUCGAAGAGGAAGGGAUCGACCGCCGCUUGUUGAUAUCGGGGUCAUGUACGAGGGGAAGGAGCGACUUAUGGCAGACGCGGAAAUGGUGCUCAUGUCUGUCGGUGAGCGGUUGGCGAACGUCAACAACUCUACGGCGAAGACAUUUAUAACAUACAGGCGGGCUCACCCCAGUGCCCCAUGCAACGCCUUAGUCGUAGUCGACAUUUGCGUCGUGGUCACAAGUAAGGGGGAAUGCCCGCCGCAUGCGUUCUGUAUGAUCGCCAAGAAUUUAAACAAAGGCCUAAUGGGAAGCGACGUGUUUCUCUGCUACAAAAAGUCAAUGAACCGACCGCCCCUUAUCGCUUUUAAGCCAGAAGUAUUAUUUAGGUAUCCAAUGACGGAACGGCGGAACAUGGCGUUCAACGACUCCGUGCCGCUGUUCUGCCUGCCGAUGGGCGCGACGCUGGAGCUGUGGCCGAAGGUGGCCGCGUCGCCCAAGCCCGUGUUCUCCACCUUCGUGCUGACCGUGAACGACGGGACCGUGAAGGUGUACGGGUCGGCGGUGAGCUUCUACGAGCCGUUCCCGCACGCGCAGCUGGCGCCGGCGCACGCCGAGCUGCUGGGCUGGCGCCAGGGCGAGUCGCAGGCCGAGCACGCGCUGCACGCCAACAAGUGCGUCUGCCUGCUCUCCCGCUGGCCCUUCAGCGACGCCUUCGAGCGCUGGCUGCUGUACAUCCUGGAAAUGUCGUGGAGCGCGAAACCGUUGACAAUACCCAUCGAGAGGUAUAUUACGCAUCUCUUGGAGGAAGUCCCUUUUCCCGAGCCGAGGCUCCUGCUGCAGCUGUCGGCGUCCAACCCCAUGGAGCGCGUGAUACUGACCCGGCGAGACGACCAGCCGCUGGUCCGCAGCGCCGCCGGCUUCCGCCAGCUGCUGCUGAACCUGGGGCCCGACAACUGCCUGCUGUUGCUGGCGCUGGCCAUCACCGAGCAGAAGAUCCUCAUCCACUCCCUGCGGCCCGACACGCUGACGGCGGUCUCCGAGGCGGUGUCGAGCCUGCUGUUCCCGUUCAAGUGGCAGUGCCCGUACAUCCCGCUGUGCCCGCUAGGCCUGGCCGAGGUGCUGCACGCGCCGCUGCCGUACCUCAUCGGUGUGGACUCGCGCUUCUUCGACCUGUACGAGCCCCCGCCGGACGUCACGUGCGUGGACCUGGACACCAACGUCGUCACGAUUUGCGAAUCGCAACAGCACAUAUCGAUAAAGCUGUUGCCGAAGAGACAAUCGAAGGCGCUACGGCAGACUUUAGAAGUUUUGUACGCCAACAUCAGACCAAUGUCUCCAGUCCACCAAUCGAGUAGCAGCAGGUAUAACGGAGAACCUACGACCAGUUUAGACAGAGAUUUCCAGAGGAGAAAGAAAGAACAAGUCCUGGAGCUGAACAUCCAGGAAGCGUUCCUGCGCUUCAUGGCGGUGACGCUGCAGGGGUACCGCAACUUCCUGCUGCCCAUCACCAAGGCGCCCACCGUGGGCACCACCGACCCGCACGCGCUGUUCCAGAUGGAGGCCUUCCUGCGCUCCAGGGACAGGGCGCAGCAGCGCUUCUACGCGCUGGUGAUGCGCACGCAGAUGUUCACGCGCUUCAUCGAGGAGCGCUCGUUCGUGUGCGACGUGGAGCAGGGGCUGUCGUUCUUCGACGAGUGCAUCGAGCGCGUGGCCAACGCGCCCGACGAGCCGCUGCUGGGCGCCGACACCGGCAACGAGGCCGAGCGGACCGUCUUCGUGCUGCCGCCGGACCCGCCCGACCCCGGUACGCUUCGUUCUCGUCACGGUGGGCGUGAGACUGCGAACGGGUUUUUGUCGGGGUCAUGUUAAUAGUCGACCGUAUGUGUGUUUUGCGUUCUUUGUUUCAAGUAUUCAAUGUUGAGGCGUUUUGUAAUCUAUUUCUGAUAUUUGUAAUAUUCAUAUUACACACGUUGCUCAAUAAAAAACCCAGAGAAACAAAGGUAGUAAACGAACGGAACGUUUUAAACGCAUAUUAUUACGACAUGUUAAUACGACUAAGUAAAAAUAUGAUUAUACAUAUAAAAAUAUAUUAAUAUGAGUAAUUUAAAUUGGAGUAUUUGUAUAAGACUAAAACUACUUUGUAAUGACAAAGUUACU